AUGGAUUAUAGUCAGUUCAAGCCGUCGGAUAUGGAUGCCAGACAUGUUAAGCCGCCGGAUAUUCUGUCGUCCUCGGGUGUUUUGUCUGAUCAUCAACAGGGACCGAAGAUAGUUAACGUCAUAGAUGAACUUACCAAGAUCACAGUUCCAGUUGAUAUUAAAGCCGAUGGUCAUGAUGUCGCUAAACCUGAUGUUGUGCAUGUUGUAGGAGAGAGUUCGAACCCUAAUAGCUCUCCUCAGGUUACAUAUGCGGAUAGGGUUAAGCUCAAUACGAGAGGGAAACGUGAGGUUAAUUUCAGACUCCUGGAAUCUACGGAGACGGUGGAGGAGGCUGAUGUGGUGAUUCCGAAAGAAGUUGUUCGACAGGUACAAAAGAAAUUUGGAAACGUUCUAUAUGGUUAUUUUCUUGGUGAUAGAUUACCGUUUCCGAUAGUCGAAUAUUAUGUUAAGAAUGUUUGGGCGAAGUAUGGUUUUGUAAAGGCUAUGAUGAACUCAGAUGGAUUUUUCUUUUUCAAAUUUGACUCUAAGGAGGGUAUGAAUAAAGUUCUUGAGGGGGGUCCAUGGUUGAUACGUAAGAUGCCGUUAUUCCUGAAUGUAUGGGGUCCGACAAUCAGUUUAAAGAAGGAUGGUAUUAAAUCUGUUCCUGUUUGGAUCAAGCUUCAUAAUGUUCCUCUUGCUGUUUAUACGGAUGAUGGUCUUAGUCUUCUGGCUUCGAAAGUUGGUGUUCCAAAGAGGUUAGACGCUUAUACAGCUGAUAUGUGUAUUGAUAAUUGGGGUCGGACCAGUUAUGCUCGUGCUUUGGUGGAGAUAAAUGCAGAAAACGAAUUGAAGAAUCAAGUAGUCGUUGCUAUUCCAAAGAUGGAUGAAGAGGGUUUUGUAAAGGAAAACAUUAAAAUAGAGUACGAGUGGAAACCACAUCGAUGUGAUACUUGUCGUUUAUUUGGCCAUAAUAAUUUGUCAUGCCCGAGAACUCCGAAGGAUAAAGCAAAACAGGUUAUUAUUGAUGAGGAGGGGUACAUUAUGGAUAAAAGGAAAACAGCAAAGUAUGGUUUUCCACAGAAAAAACAAAAGCCGAAGUUCAUGUACAAGCCUAAGUCUAAUUCUACGGGUGCUAGUGCCUCAGGAACGAAAGACCAGCCGGAAGCCAUAAGAGUGUCCUAUCCUGUGGACACUCAAAAUAAGUUUGAAAGUCUAGCAGAUGAUUCUUUGAAAUCAGGUACAUUAAAUGAGCUGUAUUCUGAGGAUCCGAUUUAUGAGAAGAUUGAUGGAACAGGGAGUAGCCGAGUUGUUAAGAGUUCAAAACAACCAAAUCAGAGUAAUGCUGAGGAGGAGGGUUUUGUUGAUCCUAUCCAAACGGAAGUUUCGUCUUUUAUGAGUAUGAAUACAAAGAAUGAUCGUUCUAAGGGGGCAAGCACUCCCGUUGAUAUGGAGUCUCACGUGGAGGUUUCAAAGCUUUCGAAAGUGUGUGGUAGAGUGUUUAAAAAGUGGGAAUGGACGUCCAAUGGAGGGGUAUGUAACAAAGGGACCAGAAUCAUUGUGGGAUGGAAUGAUGAUCGUAUCCAGCUUAUGAUGCUAGCUCAAACAGACCAGGUUAUGCAUGUCCAGCUUAAGUCUAACAUCGAUUCCAAAGUUUUGUUUGUGUCUUUUGUCUAUGCUAAGAAUACUUACCAAGAACGACGGGUUUUAUGGCAAGACCUAUGCAAGCAUAGGUUGGUAGUCAGGAAUCAACCGUGGAUUGUGAUGGGGGAUUUCAACUCGGCCCUUUAUAUGGAUGAUUGUUUGCAUGGAUCCUCCACUCCUACGAUAGGUAUGAGGGACUUUUUUGAAUGUGUUCAACAUAAUGAGUUGCUAGAUAUUCCAGGCCAUGGUCUUCAUUUUACGUGGAACCAAAAACCUAGAGAUGGAAUAGGCGUCCUAAAGAAGAUUGAUCGGGUGAUGGGUAAUGUAACUUUCCUAGAUGAUUUCCCGAAUGCUCAUGUGGUUUAUCACCCUUACCGGUUGUCAGACCACACACCAUGUAUUUUGAAAACGGCUAGAGAGGUUCGGCCAAAGCCAAAACCUUUCAAGUUUGCUAAUUUCAUUGCUACUAAGGAUGGUUUUAAGGAGUGUGUUAUGGCUGAAUGGAGCAAAAACAUUGUAGGUAUUCCGAAGCUCUCAGUGGUAAAAAAGCUUCGAAACCUUUUUUUUUUUUUUGGGUAA